CCCGCCCCGCCCCCAUGUACUGGAUGGUUGAAUAUGUGGAUGGACUGUAUGACCAGAGCCGUAUGGAAUAUAUUUUUUUCUUUUUCAGUCACACACUCACAGUCAUCAUCAUCAACAUCACCAUCAUCGUCACCGCCAUCAUCAUCAUCACCACCAGAAGCAGCAGCAGCAGCAGAAACAAAAGCGGCCAGUGCAGCACUGAUCCAAACCUGUCUCUAAACACAUGAUGGAAAUCUGCGACUGGAGGCGGAAAACGCCGGGAUGCUCAGUGCGAUCUGAUUCCCGAUGACUUCCAUCUUCACAUGUUCCAUUUGAGAUGCGCAGCAGACGGAGACUUGUGAGCGGAGUUGCUGCUGCAGGGUGCCGCAUUGCCCGGCCGCUUCUUGGCGUGAUGAUAGUGUAGUGUAGUGUAGAUUAACGGCGGGGUUUUGAUGCUGAUCGCUGAUUUUAUUUAUUUAUUUAUUUAUUUACGUCUUUUAUGUGGGUUGAUGUGGAUGAACGAAGGGCUUUUUGUCUGAAGUCGGAUACAAGAUCCAGAUCCUUUAGGCUACAUGUGCGUUUUGGACCACGAUCGAUUAAAAUGACCGGAUGAAUGUACAACAAAUUCGUGCUUUAUUUAUUCUUUCUUUCUUUUUUUUUUUUUAACCACCAAAAAAGGCAUCCUGUUUACCGGUGAGGGUCAAAUUUGGGGGAAAUAAUUUGUGUGCGUGUGAGUGUGUGUGUGUGUGUGUGUGUGGUCUCUCAGGACAGGAUCUAAAGUGGUGAUUUUAUUUAGGACGCAGCCACAGAUACCAGGAUAUCACUUGUGAUUUUGCUUGGUGUCGGUAAGUGUGCCGGCGCGAUGACUCAUUUACAGGCGGGUCUGUCCGCCGAGACGCUGGAGAAGGCCAAGGCGGAGCUGAAGGAGAACCCUGACACCUUGCACCAGGACAUCCAGGAGGUGCGGGACAUGAUCAUUACGCGGCCCGACAUCGGCUUCUUGCGCACGGACGACGCCUUUAUUCUGCGCUUCCUGCGCGCCCGGAAGUUCAACCACUUCGAGGCGUUCCGUUUGCUCGCUCAGUACUUCGAGUACCGGCAACAGAACCUGGACAUGUUCAAGAACCUGAAGGCCACAGAGCCUGGCAUCAAACAGGCCCUCAAGGACGGUUUCCCCGGGGUGCUGUCUAACCUGGACCGACACGGGAGGAAGAUCCUGGUCCUGUUCGCUGCCAACUGGGACCAGAGCAGGUACACCUUUGUGGAUAUACUGAGAGCCAUUUUGUUGUCACUGGAGGCCAUGAUCGAAGACCCAGAGCUUCAAGUUAAUGGAUUUGUGUUGAUCAUCGACUGGAGUAAUUUCACAUUUAAGCAAGCUUCUAAACUCACUCCAAGCAUGCUGAGAUUGGCCAUCGAGGGCUUACAGGACAGCUUCCCAGCCAGGUUUGGAGGCAUCCAUUUUGUCAACCAGCCGUGGUACAUCCACGCUCUGUAUACGGUCAUCCGACCCUUCUUGAAGGACAAAACAAGAAAAAGGAUCUUUAUGCAUGGGAAUAAUCUGAAUAGUCUACACCAGCUGAUCGUGCCGGAGAUUCUGCCCUCUGAGUUGGGUGGUAUGAUGCCCCCCUAUGACAUGGGCACGUGGGCCAGGACUCUGCUUGACCACGCCUAUGAUGAGGAGACUGACUACUGCCCCGAGUCCUAUACCCUUUCUGUCAAAGACCUGGAAAAAGACCUGUCCCCGAAAAGCAUGAAACGAUCCCAGUCUGUGGUGGAGCCUGGAGUUCUUAAACGGCCAGAAAAAAUCAAAAGCGAGGAGGAGAACAUGCAGCCGCUGCUUUCGCUGGACUAAAAAGGCUUCAUUUUUGUUUCUCCUAGCAAUGAGCAAGCAUUAAGGCCUGAACACUGGGGAAGAAGAUCACCCAGUUCCCACAACUGGAGUAAAAAAAAGAAAAUGUACAAAAAUGUGAUGAAAGAUAUGUAAGAUGUGCAAAGCAUCUGAGACAGCGUUAAAAGGGAUAUUUUUUAAUCAAACAGCUAAUGGAAGACAUCCAUAUGUAAUUGUUAAGUGCCAAUUUAAACCUGUAAAUACACUUCAGCUGUAAGCGUAGGAUUCGGGAACUAAUUGUGACAUGAAUACAAAUGUAAAGACUGCUGUGAAUAGUCUGUAUGUGCUUCAUGUAGUAAGAGCGGUGUUGUAGGGCACUGACGGCUUUUCAUAUUUCGGUUUUCCAAAUCACCAAGUGCAAAGCUCAGGAUUUAUGGUCAUGAUUAGAACGUAAAAUAGAGAGGCGUAUGGCUAUUAAACACGUCGUACAAAUAUAUAAUGCUUUCAUUAGAGUAAAUAUUGAACAUCCAGUGUUCAGGUUUUAGUCUAUUGACUUUGCAAAAACCCCUUUACGCUGCAGCAAGGCAUAAUGGAUUACAGUUUUUUCGAAGACAUUAUUUCGGCACAGUCUGAGCUUUGCCAUUAGAGUAGGAGAAGACUGCUUAUAGCUUAGAGGGUUUGUUGAUUUAUUUAAUUUUUUUUUUCUUUAAUUUUCAAGACAUUUCCCAUCUUUAUUCCUGUCAAGAUGCUUAAUGAAAGACUCAUGAUGCCUACAAAUCUUUCAUUUUUAGCUAGGUAUAUAGGCAUAUAGGUUUAUGUUUCUUCUAAUCAAAUAUAUAUAAAAAAAGAAAAAGAUAAGUAUUGGCUUCGUUGUUAUAGGCCAGCAUUAAUAUAUGUAGUGUAUUGUGCUCACCUGACAGCGAUGAAUCGUUGUUUCUGUUGAUUAGAUCUCUUAACAUUAGGUAAGAAAUGUGACACUGAAGAAGCGAUUUCUAAAACCAAGGAAAGUAACAUGACAGGAACAACACUUAACCAGUGGAUAUUGGCUUUUCAGUGCGGUCAGCGCAAUAAGGUUCUUUCAUGGCAUUAUUUUAUUUGUUACAUUUUCUGGCAAGUUUAUAUUCGUAGUUAGACUGAGGAGUGCAUUCAAGCUACAUUUUUGGACAAAAAAAAAGUUCCAUCUAGUACUGUUGAAGGUUUUAUGUGUAAAAACGUACAACAAAGGGGUUCCCUUUAUAAUUUCCAGUGCUGAGUGGAUUUAGAUUGUUUUUUUGUUUUUUUUAAAAUAGAUCUUCUUUAAAAAGAUACAAAACACAACAAUCUAAAGGCGUCUUGAAGAACCCUGUUGUGAACCCUAUAGUCUACACCUUUAAGCCCAAUCAGGGAAGGAUUACAUUUACAUGGGAUGCUGGGGUAAUUUCCUGCUAUUCUGUGACUUUAUUUCCAUCCAGAUUGGCCAUGUCUGUGUUUUUCUCCAUCCUACUCUGAGAAAAUGACCAAAUACUAUUUUCUACCAAUAUCAGAGGUCGUCUCAUCAUUUUAGUCCUGUCCAGAUGUACAUGUCUGUGAUUUUAUAUGCAGAGGUCGCCUCGCAUUGGAAAAAAAAAGAUUUUUGACUGCUGCUACUUGCUGUAUUCAGUCUAGUAGAGGACAUAUUAGUGAAUCUCCCCAAGAUAUUAAACACGUCUCGAGACACGAAAAGAAUGGAUGCUUCUCAAAUACUUUGUGAUUAUUGUUUUAUUGUAUUUUCAAAUUGUUGCUGGAACUUUGGUUCGCCCCAAACUGAAAUAAGAGCCAGCACCUCUUCUCUAUUUCAGUGCCUCUUCGACUGCUUGGAGGUCAUGUUGUGAAUGGAGUGAAUUAUCACAUGGCCGUGUGAUGCAAACAUCCGGGUUCAUAGUAAAUACAACCCACUAGAGACUCACUCCUCCUGUGGUAAUUUUAUUGCUGUCUGGAUGUGAGAUUUUUUUUUUUUAUCACUGAGGAGACAUGCAAAAAAUUUAUUACUGACAUGCCCCUGAUAAACUAAUUCAAUCCGAUUAGGGCUUUUGAAUUUUUAAAAAAAUAAUUUUAAUGCACUAAAGGGUUCUUUGGUUUGUCUCUUUGGGGAAACUCCUCAGUGUUCUAUAUAAAAUCAUACAUCAAAGGGUUUCCCUGCCUAAAGAUACCGUGAGGAACCCUAGUUUCUAAGAAUGCACACUUUAAGAUUAAUUUAGUUCUCCAACUUUUUUUUUUUUAUAGUCAGGGACCCCUUUAACUCUAAAAUAACUUCCACCGACACUCAGUACAGAUUUGAUUAAUGAACGUUAAAUAUGUACAGUGUAAUUUUGUCUAUUUAUUUGCGCUAUAAAGCAUUCCUGAACUUUCUACUGACAGAACACAUUAUUUAUAUGCUAUAUGUUUGGAUUACACCACACCAAUUCAAAUGACCAG